AUGCCCCAGCCCUCCCAUGAAGGCUAUGUCGGCUACACGAUUGCCCAGAUCGCAAAUUCCACCUCCCCGCAACUCCAGAAGACUCUCUCCCUCCGACCCAACGUCGUCCUGCUCCAUGCCGGAACAAACGAUCUCUCCUCUUCCAAUACCUCCCUCGACGCCACGGCCCCGCAACGUCUCGGUCAGUUGAUGGAUAUGAUCCUCUCCGCGGUGCCGGACACAACCCUGCUCGUGGCGCAAAUCAUCCAGCUCGAAAACGGUAACCAGGCACGAGUAGACGCUUACAACAGCAAGAUCCCCGGGGUCGUGCAGCAACGGGUUGCCGCGGGGAUGAAAGUUUUGGCUGUGAACAUGACGACGAUUGGAGCGAAUGGGAUGAAUCAGAGUUAUGAUCAGAGUGGUGCGCAUAACAACGAUCCAUGUCGGAGUUCAAAGGGUGUGAAUACUGGCGAUCUGGUGAGUUCCAUUCCACUCGACUGGAACUAGGUUGGAACUUACUGACUUGAUGCUCUUUUUUCAUGUGCAGGCCGAAGGUGUUCAUCCGAAUGAUUGUGGGUUUCAGAAGAUGGCGAAUGCUUGGUACGAGGCGAUGGAAAUUGCUAGCAACCAAACUUGGAUUACGCCACCUUCCUAG